UAAGUAGAAAUACAAAUAGACUAAUACCAACAUUUAGUCAUUGAAGGAAAAAAGCAAUUAAUAAUUAAGAGAGAAAAAGAAUCGAUGAUAUUUUGGGGUCCAUAAAGAUUAUUAGAACGAAUAGUUUUAUGAUACCAUCUCUCAUUGUGUGACAAUAUCAUUUCCAAAGGCCAAGAAACUUUCAUUUCUCUCUUUUCUGCAACUUGCUGAUCAUGAGUAAUAACACUGCCGAUGAGUAUCCUAAUUUCUUCAAAGUCUUCCUUACAGAAAAACACUCUCACAGAAUGCUUAUCCCAGCUGCUUUUGUGAAGCUGAUGUUUUCAAAACAAAAGGUAUUGAGAGAUUAUAUCUUUAGAGAUCAAAGAGGAAGAGAUUGGAAAGUCAAAGCACGGCCUAUUGACGGAAAGCUUUAUUUUGAGGAUGGUUGGAAGCGAUUUAAAGAUGAUAAUUCUUUAGAGCAGAAUGACUUCAUUGUUUUCACACAUAUUGAAAACAAUGUGUUCAACAUUAAAAUUCUUGAACUCUCAUCUAUGUGUGAAAAGAUCAAGGUAAUGGAUCAAGAGGAAAGGAAUGAUGAUGAUGAUGAUGAUGAUAAGAAAGAAAAUGGUGAUGGUCAUGAUGAUGAUGAUAAUGUUGUUGUUGUUGAUGAUGGUGAUGAUGAUGAUGAUGAUUACAAUGAUGAUGAAGAUGUUGAUGAUGAUGACGAUGAGGAUGAUGAUGAUGAUGAUGAUGAUAUUACGGAUGAUGACGAUGACCAUGAAGUUAGUAAAAAUAAAUGUCAACAUUGUAGAAUCUGCAAAGCAUGUGGCACCGGGAGCAGCUCUAUGGUUCGAGAACUUGAAACAAAUGAAAUUGAUGCUGAAAUGUAUAUUCAGCCUGGAAAUCCCUACUUUUUUGCGAAAUAUUAUCAUUACAGACCCAACGAAUUGCAUAUUCCAAAGAAGAUUAUUAAGGAUUUCUGCCUUUGCCUCACAAAACAAAUCAACCUAGUAUGUUGCCACUGCAAGGAUAUUCAGAGCAACGAAAUAGCAUCCUAUCAUGAGAAGUUGCCAAACACGACCACAAAACAUGCCAAAAAAAGAGGAGAAAUACGUGCAUGGAGAAAUGGUCGAGUAUUUGUGCUGGGAUGGGUGGAUUUUUGGGCCAAGUACAAGAUCAAAGAAAGUGAUAUCUGCUUGUGUGAAAUUGUGUUGCGUGAAGAGAAAGCAAUAGAAAUGAUAAGGGUGCAUGUUGUUAGGAAGGUUAUGAAGGAACCCUUAGCAUUGCAACUUCUACAACAUAUCUCUCUCUUUUCUCUCUUCUCUCUGAAAAAUCACAAAAGAAGUAAAUUAAAGAUGGUGAAAGAGUUCCCUGAUUUCUACAAAGUCUUCCUCACAGAGAAGGAUUAUGAGAGAAUGCUUAUACCAAAUGCUUUUGUGAACUUGCUGAAUUCCAAAAAGAGGGUAAUGCCAGAUUUUAUCCUAAGAAAUCACAGUGGUAGAGAUUGGCAUGUCAAAGCGCUUAGUAUCGGUCACGAGCUUUACUUUGAUGAUGGCUGGAAAAGGUUCAAACAAGAAAAUUCUUUAGAGGAUAAUGACUACAUUGUUUUCACGCAUAUUGAAAACAAUGUAUUCAAGUUCAAAAUCCUCGAAUUAUCAUCGAUGUGUGAAAAGGAGAAGGUAAAUGUUGAGGUGGAAAAGAAUAAUAGAGUGAAUGGUGAGAAUGAGAAUAAACAUCAACAUUGCAGAUCCUGCAAUCCUUGGUGCAUUGGAAGCAGUUCUGAAGUUUCGAAACUCGAAGACGAGGAAGUUGAUGCUGAAAUGUAUAUUCAACAGGGAAAUCCUUACUUUCUCACAAAAUAUAUUUAUUACAGACCCAACGAAUUGUAUAUUCCAAAAAAUGUGACUAAGGAUCUAUGCCUUUGCUUCACAAAGCAUAUCACUCUUGUAUGUUGUCACUGCAAGGAUGUUCAAGGAAAUGAAAUAGCUGCAUAUCAUCACAUCUUGCCACAAAUCAACACGAAACAUAUCGAAAAGAGAGGUAAAAUACGUACGUGGAGAGAUGGCCGAGUGUUUGUGCAAGGGUGGGAGGAUUUUUGUAGAAAAAGCAAGAUUACAGAAAAGGAUAUAUGCUUAUGUGAACUUGUGCUGCACGAAGAUGGAAUGGUCGAAAUGUUAAGGGUGCAUGUUGUUAAUGUUAGGAAGGAAUGAAAUGAACCAAGUAUCAACAAUGGCGAUGUCAAGAUGAAACUUGUUUAUUUGUAAGAUAGUUUAAUGAAGUUUGUUUUUAUAACUUAAUUAUGAAAUGUUUUCUGUUAUGACUACAUUAGAAGACAGCAAUGGAAUAUAACUCUACCCUUCUGGCUUAACUCUCUGAUGAAAGUAUUUUUACUGCUUUUUUGGCUUAGUUUUUGAUUGAAGUUUUCUUGCUACUCUUAUGGCUUAAUUCUCUAACUGAAGAUGCUUUUGUACUGUUAGUCUUUUGGCUUAUACCUAUCAUACGAUCAUUCAAUGCAUUAUAUCAUUUUAACAAAGCAGAUGAUUACUAACUUGCUGGCGCGACGCAUGUUGACAUCGAAAUAUGUGGUUAAACUCAACUCUUCUAAAUUCUCGUAUUAUUACUGGUGUUGAUGUGUCAGUGCCGUGUUGCCGUGUUUGAGUUGUGUCAGUGCUUCAUAUAAUAUAUAAAGGAAUAUGCUAGAGCAAACUAACACAUUGCAGUAGGACAAGGGCGAGAAACACAUUCUUAAGUAAAGCAGGAACUUUUAAAAGAGAACCUUGUGAUCUUGCAUAAACUUAUAAUGUAGAACUGUUUCAGGUGAAUAAAGCUGCAUAGUCUUUUGCUGAUACUCAUGUUUGGAGGCUCGAAAGACACACAAUACUACUAGUAGCAGAAACAAAUUCAGUUACUGAAAAUGAAAGAAUGUAAAGUCCAUGGAUUAACCUAUAUGAACCAAUCAUCUUCUUGGUAA